CAUGUAUCUGUACUCUAACGACCUCUGACCAGCAGAGAAGAUGCCGAGAAUAGUCCUGCUAGGCACAUGUGAUACGAAGCUCGAUGAGUUACUAUACUUGCGAUCCGGAAUCCUCGAAGCAGGCAAAAGUUCUUGCAAAGUAAUCCUCGUCGACGUCGGUCGUUCUCCAACGAGCCACGAAGCAAUCGAUAUCACUCAGAAGCAUCUAACAACCAAAUAUGGCCCAAGCGAGUCUAAGGAUGUCGGAUCUUUGCCUAGGGGAGAUGUUAUCAAAUAUAUGAUUACAUGCGCUUCCAACUGGCUGCGGGAAGCUUACAAUAACGGUCUCCGAGACCCAUCUCAAGGACUUCAUGGCAUUGUCAGCGCAGGAGGUACCGGUGGCACUUCUCUCGCCUCUGGGGCAAUGCGAGCCAGUCUGCCCAUUGGAUUUCCCAAAUUAAUCGUCAGUACUGCCGCCUCAGGAGACACCGGAGCCAUUGUUGAAGAGACCGACAUCACUUUGAUGUAUUCGGUCGUCGACAUCGCUGGAACAAACACUUUGCUCAGAAGAAUCUUGUCAAAUGCGGCUGGAUCAAUCCAUGGAAUGGCGCAAAUUUAUGAGAAGUCUCUAUCAUCAUCAUCAUCAUCUGAACAGGGCAAGAAGAGAAAGAGAGUUGGUCUUACUAUGUUUGGUGUUACCACCCCAUGCGUUGAUAAGGUUCGGCAGUAUCUGGAGUCGAAUCAUGAAGUAGAAUGUUUCGUCUUUCAUUGUACUGGACAUGGUGGCAAGGCAAUGGAGAGGUUGGUUGAGCAGGGCGAUCUGGAUGCUGUGCUGGAUAUCACGACGACCGAGAUCUGCGAUUACUUGGCUGGAGGUGUCAUGUCGGCUGGUGAACACCGGUUGGAAGCUGCAUUGAAGGCUGGAAUUCCUUACGUGGUCAGCGUUGGCGCGAUCGAUAUGGUAAACUUCGGUCCUAAGGGCACGGUGCCUGAGAGGUAUCAGAAGGCGCAAAGAAAGCUUUUCGAGCACAACCCGACCGUAACGCUUAUGCGCACUUCGCCGGAAGAAUGCACGCAGAUUGGCAACUUCAUCGUCGAGAAAAUCCAAAAGUUCGCAGCAAAGAAGGAGAAUGUGCAUAUCGUCUUGCCGCUUGGCGGCGUCAGCAUGAUUGCGACACCUGAUGCGCCAUUCUACGACGCCAAAGCUGAUGAGGCCAUAUUCUCAUCUAUUACGAACGGAUUGAAAGAUUCUGGAGUGGUGUUGAUCAAUGACCAGCGGGCAAUCAACGACGAAGGGUUUGCUGUUGACAUUGCGAAGCGAUUGGUGUCGCUGAUGAGACUUUGA